AUGUGGAAGCAUGCCAACGUAAGGAAAAUCGUUAUUCACAUCGGCCAAAAAGAAGAAGACAAACCUGAUUCAAGCGCCGCCCAGAAGAAAAAAAAGGAACCAUCGGCCAAAACUAAAGAAAAUCGUCUAAGUGGAGGGCCAUUCAUCCGAUCAAUCGAGUUUACGUGCGAAGACGGGGGCAAGCCGGAGACACAUGGUAGCGAGACAGGACUGGACACGAAGAACUUUCUAACUAUCGAAUUAGAUAAUGGUGAGUACCUGACUUCCAUAUCCGGGUAUUAUACAGACCACAUAUCCGGGCGUUAUAGAGACUUCGGCAUUACAUCUCUCACGUUUCGGACUAACAAACGAAUGGCCAUAACUAUUGGUGAAGAAAAGGGAAUCUACUUCUCAUCUCCCGCAAUGGCCGGCAAAAUUACUGGAUUUUACGGGUACAUUGAUGAACAUCAAAAUCUUUGUGGAAUUGGAGCAUAUUUUGAACCGAUCUCAGAUCAACGGCAAUUCGGAGCUUGGGACGAUAGGAAAUUCGACGGUGUGAGGGAAAUUUACCUACCGGACAAACACACGAUCCGUUCCUUUACUUUCGUGUAUGACAACGGUAGUGGAGAAGAUCGCAAAGUCACGCACCCCGCAGGAUUCUCCCCCAACACUAAAGAAAAGGUUAACUUGGGUUAUCCACGAGAGUACUUAACAUCAAUAUCAGGAUACAAGAGAAAGAAUGGUCCUAUUGGUCCUAUCUUGUCGCUCACAUUUCACAGUAAUAAACAAAGAAUUCCUCCCUAUGGCAAGGAGGGGGGGUUGUACUUUUGGUAUCCGUUGGCCGGAAGUAGAAUCGUCGGCUUUUAUGGGAGCGAGGCUCUCGACUACGUAGGAGUGCAUGUGGAGCCGAUACCGCACCUGUAUCCUUUCAGAACCGUUGGAUCACCCAUGAAAGGCUCUGGCGGGGUUUCAUGGGAUGAUGGAGUACAUACGGAUGUGAGGGGAUAUCGUGUGAGCACCGGCCUAGACGACAAAAAAGAAAAAAUCAUUAAGUCCAUCACUUUUAUUUACGAUAACAACGGUUCCUUGGUCAAAGGCGAUCAACAUGGCGGAGGAGACGCGUCUACUGAAGACUGGGUUCUGCUGAAAUUUCCCAAGGUUCGUCUUCUUAGGAUAGAGGGUUAUAUGCGCAGAGAGGGGAAUCGAACUAUCAUCCACGACCUGACAAUGGUUCCCACGGAGGGGGCCGCCCUGCCGUUCGCUUCGGGAAAAGAUAAAAAUCGUCUAUGCCUUUUGUUAUCCCGGAAGGAGACGCAAGGAUAG